UCUAAACCUGUACAAAAGUCCUAUGUGCCCAAACUUCGAAAAGGUGAUAUAAAGGAUAAAUUUGAAGCCAUGCAGAAAACAAGGGAAGAAAAAAAUCAGAGACGAACAAAAGAAGAAAAGCAAAGACGAAGAGAACAAUAUAUUAGAGAGAAAGAAUGGAACAGGCGAAAGCAGGAGAUGAAAGAACUUCUUGCUUCUGAUGAUGAUGAAGAAAACUCUUCUAAAGUAGAGAAAGCCUAUGUUCCAAAACUUAUAGGAACUGUGAAAGGAAAGUUUGCAGAAAUGGAAAAGCAGAGGCAAGAAGAAGAAAAGAAAAGGAUGGAAGAGGAGAGACAACGAAGAAUUGAACAAGAUUCAAUAGAAAAAAGAAAAAUUCAGAGGGAACUGGCCAAAAAAGCUCAUGAGAUUGAUGAACAGUUAAACAAUUCGGGAACUGAAUCGACAUCAGAGGAAGGUGAUGAAUCACUGCUAGUUACCGUAGUUCCAGUAAAAGCUAACAAAUCACCUGGAAGGAUGAAAAUAAGUUUUGAGGACCGAGAGAGAGAAAGAGAAGAACAAGAAAGAAGAAAGAUUGAAGAAGAAAAGCGACUGAGAUAUGAGCAGGAAAAGGAAGCCCUAAAGGAAGUCAAAUAUUUUUCACCAGAUGUGGAUGAAGAGGAAAGCUUUGAUAAUGAAACCAAUGAAGCUCCCUCUCCUGGUAAAGUUAAAUUAACAUUUGAAGAAUUGGAAAGACAAAGACAAGAGAAAGAGAAAAAGCAAGCAGAAGAGGAGGCAAGGCUUCGUUUGGAAGAGGAAAAACGCGCCUAUGAGGAAGCAAGGCAACAAAUGAGAAAUGAAGAAAAUGAAGAUGAAGCUGAAAAUUCUGUCAAGGAGUUCCGUCCUGGAAAACUGAGACUAACAUUUGAGGAAAUAGAAAAACAAAGGCAAGAGGAGGAAAAAAGAAGAGCAGAGGAAGAGGCCCGGCGGCGUAUAGAAGAAGAGAAAAAAUCAUUUGCUGAGGCAAGAAAAAGCAUGGGGCCAGAUGAUGAACUUUCACUAAUGUCAAAAACUGCAUCUCAAGAAUCUCUGACGCCUGGAAAACUGGAUAUUAAUUUUGAAGAAUUACUGAGACAAAAAAUGGAAGAAGAAAAAAGACGCACAGAAGAAGAACGCCGACAAAAACUGGAACAAGAGAAGCAAGAAUAUGAACUGCUCAGACAAGAAAUGGGACAGGAGGAGGAGGAAUGUGAAACCUUUGAGCUAAGCAGCGAAUAUGAGGAACUGAUAAAGUUAAAAAGAAGUGGUUCAAUUCAACCAAAGAACCUAAAGAAAAAAUUUGAAAAAAUUGGACAAUUAUCUGAGGAAGAAACACAAAAAAAAAUCGAAGAAGAGAGAGCAAGGAGGAGAGCUAUGGAUCAAGAAAUAAAAGAAAGAGAAGCAGAGAAAUUUCAAGAGGAAGAAGAAGUUGAUGUGAAGCCUGCUGCAAAAUGUGAAGCUCCAUUCACACACAAAGUUAACAUGAAAGCUCGAUUUGAACAAAUGGCAAAAGCAAGAGAAGAGGAAGAACAGAGGAGAAUUGAAGAACAAAAGCUGCUACGUAUGCAAUUUGAACAGAAAGAAAUAGAUGCAGCAUUACAAAAGAAAAAAGAGGAAGAGGAAGACGAGGAAGGGAGUAUUGUUAAUGGCUCAGUGUAUGAAGAUGAAGAACAGCAAGCCCGUUCUGGUGCUCCAUGGUUCAAAAAGCCUCUUAAAAAUGUAUCUGUUGUGGACAGUGAACCAGUACGGUUUACUGUUAAAAUAACUGGUGAACCCAAGCCAGAAGUUACAUGGUGGUUUGAAGGGGAAAUGUUGCAAGACUGUGAGGAUUACCAAUACAUUGAAAGAGGAGAAACAUACUGCCUUUACUUACCAGAGACCUUCCCGGAAGAUGAAGGAGAAUAUAUGUGUAAAGCGGUAAACAGUAGAGGAACAGCCGCUAGCACUUGUAUUCUCACUAUUGAAACUGAUGACUAUUAAAUAUCCUACCAUUUCUGGAGUCUUUCUUCCCUUCAUUCACUGCAUCUAUCUUUUUCUCCUGUGGUGGGGCCAAGAAGUUGUCUAUCAUUCCUCAAGUAGAAUACUUUUCAGACUGAAAUUCGGGCAAUAAAAGUUUGGGUCAUUUGACAUAUAGCAGUGCAAUCUACAAAUGAUGGCUGCUUAUUUAUGCUAUUGUACUGGUCCAUGUAAUGAUGUUCCAUAAGGCAAAUCAAACUGCAUGAAACGGUUUGCCAUGUGGUUCUAGAACCUUUCAGUAUGCCAACAUAAAAUAUGUCAAACAAAGCACUCUUGAAUGUACUAAAUGAGAAGAAUUGACCAGAAAAAUCUUAAUUGUAUUGUUUGCAACUUUAAUUUGAUGCCAAAACAACAUAGCAAGUUUGUAAUUUUUAAUCUUUUAGCCAAGACCAAUUCAUUCUACACAAAUGUUUCAAUCAGGGCAACUUUGGGGGCAAAAAAGUAUGUCCUUUGUUACACUAGCUAAAAGGUAACAUAGUAUUUAAGUUACACUUUGCUUAACAUUUUUCUUUUAAAUUGUAUGAACAAAAUAAAAUACAAAAUAAAACAAAAUAGCAAGACUAUUAAUGGCUUGAAACCAAAUGUAUACUAUUAAAUUAUGCAUUCAGCUGUAAAUUAAGUUCUUUAAAAUCAAGUAUUUGCUUUUUAUAUGGUAUUAGAUGAUAGAUUUCAGCUCAGUGUUCCAGACAAGAUGCUGGGCAAAUCUGCAUCAUAUUCAAUUUGUUAGCGUAAUAGUGGGUGGCUUUUCAAUGUGCAUCUCAUUUUUAUAGAACUUAAUGAAUCAUCUCACUACUAUUUCCAAACUAAAUAACAUAGUUUGGAAUAACAUUAUUAAUAGUUAUAAAUCUGGAACAGAUUAAUAAUAUUUUUUUUGGGGGGAGGGGGGUCUAAAUGAAAAGCAGUUAACUAAAUUCCAUCACAUAAUUAAAAUAUGCACUGGAACUUCACAUACAUUUGCAAAUCUUCCAGUUGGUUUGGGCUUGUAUUUUAGUUGCCAGAGCAAGUCAGAAUAAAUUUUUAUGCAGGAGAUUUGUUUUCUUAAGUAUGUACCAAAUUACUUAUUCUGUAUUCAAUGGAAGGAUAAUAAAUAUAUUCUGUUCCUAAA